AAAGACCGUAGUUGGUAAUUUUUGCGACACAUUUCAGUAGUGAAACGAGUAAAUGCGAGUUUUAAACGUGUAGUUGAAACAAAAAUACGAUGACUGACGAGCCCACGAAUGUUCAGGAAAAGUCUAAUGGACCUAUCGUGGAAACCACGUAUAAAACAUCAAGUUCCAACAACGUAGAAUCUGGAAAAAUAUUUACGUUAGGUAGUAGCUCUGAUUCGCCUUCGAUAUCAUCCCCACGUCUAAUGAAUGACGAUAUCUUUACUUUUGACGACAUUAUAAGACCACAAAGUAAAUCAGAAAAAAAUCGACGAAUUGUGUCUAUGAUGACGGGCCCACCUACAGUUUUAUUAACUCCUAGGAGGACAAAGUCCGUGCAAGAUUUUCAAAGUGGAAAACUGAAAAACGGGAUUAAGAAUAAUAACAGUAUGGUGUUAAAUUUGAUUGUACCAGCUCACAAUGUUACACAUCAAUCAUGUGAAAACAAUAACUAUUUAGAAAGCAUUUCCUACGAAGAUAUAAGGGGGAACGGCCAUAUGAAGGAGAGGCAUAAAUGCUACAAUCACAGCACACAUAGCCAUCAGGAGUUUCCAAUGUACAUCAAUGAAGGCCAUAUCAACAAUGAAAGUUCAUCUGAUUAUACGGAAGGUGUGUUGUCGAUUCCUGCAACUCCUGGUCUGGUAGGAAGGUAUGACAAUCCUACGCCACCGGAGGAGAAGAAGAAAGCAUUUUCUGAUAUUUUAGUAAGAACAUUUACUAUAUUUUAUGCAUUGUUUAACGUGACAGUAGGACUAGCUGUUUACGUCUCUGAUAUAAUAGAUGGGACCUAUCCCGUAGCAGAAGUUUAUAGCUUGACUCUCGUUUCGAUAGCGUGCUUGUACCUAACAUACCUGAUUAUUGACAUUAGUGUUUACACAAACAAAAAGCGUUCGUAUGAAAAAUUGAUCGAAAAAAACUUGCCCGAAAAUAUAGACGUAACUGAAACGCCCGAUGGACAAUUUCAGUUCAGCAUCCAACUUCCGGAAGUUAUUAAAAUGGGAAAAGCCAUCAAACAUGACUACUGUUUCAACAAGGAUAGGCACAGUACAAACUUUUAUUUAAAAAUCGGAGCUGCCGCAUUUUGUUUUGGACAUUUAAUUCACUAUGGUUUAAUAUUAGCUUACCAACUCGUAAUUAUCACAAGAAACGAUGGAAAAAUUGACCAUUGCUUUCCAUCUAUAUCUACAUGGUUUCUAGAUCUUCUGUAUCCACUUUAUUCCUUCAUAUUGCUUUAUUUCAUCUUCAAAUAUUCAAAUUUGAUAAUAAACAGAAAUAGGAUUCUUGCUCGCUUGGGUAUAAUGCAUUGUAUUUCCUCAAGUACAUGCUUUUGGGUUUGGACGAUUAUGAGAGAAGUUCUUGAAGCAUUGGAGUUCAAAAGAGAAAAAUUGCUGCAUUCUACAACUGCUCCUCCAGGAUCAAUCUCAGAAGCAGAACCGUACGCUCUACCAGUAUCACUUUUAUCACAAGAAGGAGUGGAUCAAUUAAAGGCUUCGUUUAAUAUAUCUAUCCAUCGUUUUACUUCAAUGAUACCUUGCAGUGAAGAAACGACUAAAAGGAUUUAUAGAGAUAUUUCACCUUACUUAUACCCAUUUAGUGUUGAGUACAGUAUUCUAGUCGUCGGUAUUCUUAUACUGGUCUGGCAAAAUAUUAACAAAUGCGACGCCGAAGAUGAAAACCAAGCUACGUCUCAAUGCAGGAUUCCUCCGCAAGGAAAUCCUGAUAAUAUAGAAAGUAACAUCGUUAUUCACGCAGAUUGCCAGGCUAGCAACAAGGGUCUUUUUGGAGGUUUCUUAGUCUUGAUUCUCACUAUUGUGGUCAGUUUACUGUUCUUCGUUUCGGUCUACAUGGAUGAUGGGUCACAGGUCGAAGAGGGACUAUUGUGUCAUAAAUGGGCUAAUUUAUUAAUAUUGGUGGCAAUGCUAAUAGCUUGCAUUUUCGGCUAUCGACAAAUAACUAAACUCGAUAUCAACUCUCUUCAUCACAAUAUUUUGGAUGAUAUUUUAUUAUUUAUUUGUAUACCAGCAUUUUUCUUGAACGGAAUUUUUAGCAUCAUUCCGGCUACUAUACAUUCCGAUGCUAUUUCAAUCGCAAGGAUUAUCUUAGAGAUCUUACAAGUGCUUGUUCAAACCGCCUUCCUAUUAGAUGGUCUUAGGCGAUCCAGCAAUACCAAACAAUUGAGGAAGUUAAAACCAGGUAGAGAGCUUGUGACCUUUCUGAUUAUUUCCAAUGUGUCGAUGUGGCUCAUGCAGACAUUCGAAGUUAAAGCUCAAGGUUUGGACGAUAUCAGAUACACUUUCUAUGGAACGGAACUUUGGACCAUUCUCGGACACAUGUGCUUGCCUCUUAUGAUGUUUUACAGAUUUCAUUCGUCCGUUUGUUUCUGUGAUAUUUGGAAGUAUGCCUACGAACCAUCUGGGCACUGAUUUAUUAAAUU